AUGGAACCUGACAAUGAUUGUGGUUGGAAGCCAAAAGUAGGAAUGACCUUUGAUUCGGAAGAAAGUGCGUACGAUUUUUAUAAUGCAUAUGGAGGAAGAAUGAGAUUUAGCAUAAGAAGGAAAUAUUGUAAGAAGAACAAGUUAACAAAACAAAUUAUUUCUAGAAAUUUGGUUUGCAAUAAAGAGGGAUUUCGGAAGGUUGACAAGCGAGACCCAUUGACAAAAACUCCUAGAGCUGAAACUAGGACUGGUUGUGAGGCCCGGCUUUUUGUUAAAUUGGAUGUCAAUAGUGGGAAAUUUGUUGUGAUUGAUUUCAAAGAAAAACACAACCAUGAACUUGUAUCUCUUGAUUGUGCCCAUAUGUUGCCAUCGCAAAGAAAGAUAUCAGAUACGCAAGUAAUUGAGUUAGACUUAGCCUCAGAGUCUGGUCUUCGUUUAGGGCAGUCUUUUGAACUGAUGGGUAGGGAAGCUGGAGGGCAGCAGUCUCUCGGUUUUAUGAAAUUAGAUCAAAAAAAUUACUUGAGAACCAAAAGACAAAAAAGUUUAGCAUAUGGGGAAGUAGGUAAUGUGUUGCAAUACUUUCAACAAAAAUCUUUGGAGAAUCCAUCUUUUUUUUAUGCUUUCCAAUUAGACAAUGAAGAGCAAAUAACGAAUAUGUUUUGGGCCAAUGCAUAA